UGGAAGCGGACACGAUCAGUUAACAGAGGAACUGGACACCCUCACUACCGGUCACCCGCCUCCCCCCGCGUCUCCGAUCGUCACCUACUCUCCGGUCGGCGCUUCGACGCCCUGCCAGCCGCCGUCCGAGUGGCGCACCUGUUGCGCUACCGUCCGCCGUUUAUUGGCCGUCACCUGCCGCCGAAUGGCCCGCGGAGGCCUUGACAUUGGUUCAAGGAGUGGUAUAUAGGCGGCACGCAACCGGCGACUUGCACAGUUCAGCCGAGAACGCCCAGUCACCCAGUCAUGAAGUUCUUCCUGAUCGCCGCCCUGGCCGCCGUGGCCGCCGCCCAGCACGGCAACAGCUACGGACACGACGAGUACGACGCAAAAACGCCGUACGCGUACGACUACGCCGUGCACGACCCGCACUACGGCGCCCAGUUCAACAAGAAGGAGACCAGUGACGGCGGCAACGUCGAGGGCUCCUACAGCGUCGUGCUACCCGACGGCCGUACCCAGCACGUCAAGUACUACGCCGACCACUACGGCGGCUUCAACGCCGACGUGUCCUACGCGGGCUACGCCCAGUACCCGGAGCACCACGCGCCCGCCUACAAGGCAGCUCCUGCCUACAAGCCCGCCCCCGCCUACAAGCCCGCUCCUGCCUACCACGAGCCCGCCUACAAGCCCGCCUACAAGCCGGUCCACAAGCCCGCCUACACGCCUACCUACAAGGCCGCUCCCCUCUACAAGCCGGUCUACUAAGUCGCUCAAUUGAAACGGCUCAUUGAGAGAAACGCAUAUAUAGUUUCACGGUCAUAUGUAGGAUGUUUAACCCGCGCCCUGGUGGGGUGUGUUUAACAGUCUUUCAAGCUGCGUUAUGUAGCUGAUAUUUUCAAUUUUGUACAUAAAGUCUAUAUGAUGUUUGUAAUUGCAUGAGAAAUGUACCUGAUAUGUCCGAUACACCUGAUGUGUAAACUUCCAAAUGUGUCGCAGUCAUUCCUAGCUUGCCGUGUGUCUUCCGUUUGUCUGUUACCUAUAAUUCGUGUUCAACGUUUGAUGCAAU